AUGCAGCGAGGUACCGGCCUGGAUGUGGACGACGAGGAGCGUGGUUUUUCGAACCUCGGCAGGGCAGAGCUGGGCUUGCUGCAGACAGCACUGGUUGCUUCUUCAGACCGUGUGGCCGGGGAGCUCAGUGGCUUGUUACUGCAGCUCGGGGAAAGCCUUGCAGAUGGCUCCGAACUUCAAGAGAUUGUGCAAGAUAUCAUGGCCUUGCCUGCACUGGACCCUCGUUUUACUCGUGGGCAGGAUGCAGUCGUUCUUUCUCGCGAUGAUUUGGGUUUGGUGCAGACUGCCCUGGACGCCACAUCGCAGCGAGUAGCUGGUGAGCUUAGCAGGAAGCUGACAGCACUUGGGGAGCACCUUGUGUCAGGAAGUCCCGAGCUGUCGACUAUUGUCCGGGCCAUUCAAAAUUUGCCCAUGGAUGCUGCCGGGGACAGGCGACAGAGUGGCUUGACCAACUCGGUAGGUGUAAACACAUCGGCAGCGAUGGUCCUUCCCAGCAAGGAUGGCAGAGACAGCCCCGAGGGCCCCGAGGGCCAACAGAAGGAUUCCGCUUUUCAGGCUGAGCUCGGCCGGAUGCGUGCCAGCCUUGACGCUGAACUGAAAGCUGCCAAGGAAGAGGCAGAGCGACAGCGGCUCCGUGCCGAGGAGGCCAUGCGAAAGCUGGAAGAGGAAGCCAGGAAGGCAGAGAACAUCAUUACAGAUCUUCGAAACAAGCUCAAGGCCCUACAAGCUUUGCUGGAAAGAGCAGGAUUGGGCAAAGAAGCGGCCGCAGCACUGUCACAAUCAGGCUUGAAAGACUUCAUCGCUGGGCGUGAUGUGUUCGAGAGGCUAUACCGGGAUGCUUUGCGGCGGAUGCGAGUUUAUGCUGAAACGCAGUUGCGCCUGCUAAAUAUGUCGGCUGCUGACUUCCUGCAGACUUUGCAUGAUUUGGCGGCCUAUCCCGUUGGCGCGGUGGAAGCUGCAAUAGAGCUGCAGCGGCAGGGGCGGAAGCAGGACGAGGAGUCGCCACUUCUGGUCAUGGGCUACGCCGGCCACACUAAGGCUGCAGAGCAACGCAACACUGGGCCGUCACCGGCAUCCAGUCCGAAGAACCUGAGGCAGGCAGACAAUGUGGAUAUCCCAAGUACUGCACGGCAUCUCCGCAAGUUCAAGACUUCCAAGACCACCACAGGCGAAGUGGACAAGCGAAGCAAAGCCUCUGGGUCAGGAAGUUCAGUCAUAAGGCGUGCAGCCACUGAAGGCUCCUCGCUCCGUGGUGUGCCGAUCAGAACGCUGCGCCAGACUUUGUUUGAAGGUUUUCAAGACCAAGGCUCGCCCAAGGAUGAAGCUCACGGUAGAUCCUCGAACAGGGAGGCUCACGGAGACUCCAACGGCCAUAGCGAUCAAGAAGGAAGGUUUACGCGAGCUGUAGCGGCUGGUAGCCAGCUUCUUCCGCGUCCUGGCACUGGUAGUGGGCAUCGCCGCCCCCUGCUUGCACAUGGUUUGCACGCGCCGCGCCCAGCCAGCAGUGGCAGAGCCAAAGCGCGGGCUCGAGCGGAGACUGGAAGCUUCCCGGACCCGCGGCAAGCACGGCAAGCCCAUCCUAUGCAGGAACAAAGCCGGAGCUUCGGAUAA